AUGGCAUUCUACAUUUCAACAGCGCCUUGGACUCCACAGUCGUAUUCAACAUCACUGUAUGGCUGUGGGCCCAGUUAUGUCUCCAGAUCUAUGGACAUGUACGAUCUUCAAGAAGCACUCUACGAGCAAGAGCUUCGUGAGUACCGUCGCCGUGUGGCUAUGCAGCGGGAGAUCGAAGAGCGCAGGCGCCGUCGUGUGCAGCAACAACGUAUCGAGGCUAUGAUGCAACGAAUGGCUGUUGAUGCAGCGAUGGAGGAAUGGGCUGAGCGUGAAUACGUUUGGCAGCGGUCUUUAAUGAAAGCAAAGCGGCUUGCACAGUUGCGCGCCGAAGCUGAAACAAAACGCGACUCUCAAGCAGAAGCUUGGCGGAAGUCCGUUGAAACUAGGCGCAAGAGCUCCGAUGUCGUCAAGCAACCCGAGCUGCCUUCUGCAACAUCGUCAACAAAUGAAGAUGACGAGUCUGCAGUUUACAUCCGCUUUGGCAAUUUGCUCUUCCGUCUCGCGCCUCAAUCUGAUUUCAACGACGAGAAAACUGAUGCUCAAGCAAAGUCCGCGUCUGAAGCGAAAACAACAAUGACACCCGAACAGGUUGCGACAUCCAAGAACACACCAUCAGCAUGCGCCGAUGACAGCGAAUACGAGAAUCUUGUGCCACUUACUUUCAAUGCCGAAGAAAAGGAAGAAGUCGCCGAGGGUCGGGAAGAGGAAUCGACUGAGCCUGCUUCAAAGGAGUCCGACGUUAACGAGACGAUGGACCAGACGCUGGACCAGACGCUGGACCCUAGGAAGGAGUCGGCAUCACACGACACUGAGCAUACGGAGAAACCGUCGACUGAAGAGGAACAAGAAACGAGGGCUACCAACACUCCGCAACUUGUCUUUUCCUACGAUUUCCCUGACGCCAAUACGGCGUAUGGUCGUGAGGUCCGUCGGCUCGUCAAUGCCGAUAACAUCAGUGUCCAAACAAACUCUCUGAAUGAGGGAAGCAUCAAGAUUGGCGGUCUUUGGAGCAAGACGGCACCAACGAAGUCGACCAGCCGACCCAGCUCGCCACGUUCUGCACGCGUCCGUGAUGUAGACGAGAAUGGCGAUGAAAUUCUGCUUGCCGAAGAUACCGAUUCUGAAUCUGAGAGCGGCGAACCAACAAUAUCAUUCCAAGAAUCUGUUGUUAUCAGCCUCCCAUCACCGAAAGACGCAAGCCAUCUGCGAGCGGAGCUGGAUGAAGAUGGUUUCCGUCUGUGGAUCUGA